AUGUUAUUUCUUACUAUUCUCUUGUCAUUAUCAAUACAAAAAAGUACAUGUUAUGAAAUUGAACCAAUGUUUGGUCAAAAAUAUAUACAAUUUCCAACGAGUACAAAUAAUAGUCUAGCACAAAAACAUUUUAUUUUUGGUCUUGCUCAUUUACAUAGUUUUGAAUAUUCAUUUGCAUCUGAACAAUUUGAAAAAGCUUAUAGUCUUGAUUCUAAAUUUGCAAUGGCUUAUGUAUUUUCUGCAUUAACUAAUAUUCAACCUGUUUGGUUAGGAGAAAAUCCAAAAGCAGGUUGGGAACAAAUCAAACAAAUGAAUUUACAUAUUGAUUUUGAAAAAUUAACACAGCGAGAACAAUUAUAUGUUGAAGCAGGAAGAAAUUUAUUUAAACGUGGAAUACUUCAUUAUAAUGAUUAUAUAAAUUCAUUAAAAAUAAUAUAUGAUUUAUUUCCAAUGGAUAAUGAAGCUGGUUUAUUUUUAGUUUGUGUUCUAUUUCGAAAGACUCAACCAGAAAUUCGUGGAUAUUUAAAUCGAAAUUCUCAAGGUCGUCAAUUGCAAAUCAAAAUUUUAAAAAUAAUUUUAAAAACAAAUCCAAAUCAUCCAGGUGCAUUACAUUAUUUUACUCAUGUUUAUGAUCAACCACAAACAGCAUCAUGUGCAUUAUCAAAUACAUUGAAAUAUUCUUGUAUAGCACAAAGUUCAUCACAUGCUCAACAUAUGUCAUCACAUAUUUUUCUUCGAUUAGGAUUCUAUCGACAAGCAUUAAUUGCUAAUUUAGAAUCGGAUGAAAUCGGAAUGAAUAUUCAACGACAAUAUCAUAGUAUUGAAUUUAUGCAUUAUAUUUAUUUAAAUAUGGGAAGACGAACAUAUGCUUUACAAUUUUUAGAAAAUCUAAAAUCAUUAAUUAAUAAUAAUACUUUUUAUAGAAUGCAAUAUGGAAUUAUGUAUGAUCGACAUAUUGUAGAAACACAGAAUUAUAAUUUUGCAUUUGAUAAUCCAUUUGAUUUAAUUAUUUGUUCGGAAUGUACAGUACUUGGUGAUUUGCUUUGGUUGUAUCAAAUUAAUUCUGGAUUAUUACUUGUCAAAGGAUUUUCAACAAUUAAAAAUGAUCAACAAUAUAAUUCUACUAUUGUUCAAUAUUAUAUUGAACAAUUAGUUAAUAUGUCAAUUGAAGUAAAUAAAACUGAACCAACACUUUCGAUAUCGAUAUUAGCUAUGACAUUACAAUUAAAAGCAUUUCAUCAAUAUUAUCGAUUAGCAACGACAAACGAUGAAAAAAAUCUUGCAUUGAAUUAUGCUCGAAUAGCAAAUGAACUUGAAUUAUCUGUUAAUCCACCAAGUUAUGGUCCUCCAAUUGAUCCAGUUAAACCUAGUCAAGAACUUUAUGGUGAAUUACUUUUAGAAAAUAAACAAUAUGAAAAAGCAAUUGAAGAAUUUUUACAUGUUAUGACAUAUUUUCCAAAUCGAACAUUAACACUUAUUGGAUUAGCAAGAGGUUAUUCAUUAUUAAAUAGAACGAAUUUAGCUCGUUUAUAUUAUUCUUGUUUAAUUAAUGAUGUGCUUUAUAAUUCAUAA